AUACUUUCGACAGAGUUCGUCGCUUCGUUCUCGUGAUGAAGAAAGGAUUGUUUGAACGUCACCGAUUCAAGAAGUUCCAAUGUGAGAAGAUCGAGCGUAAUCGAGGCAGACAGAACGCUUGGCGUUUGAAGCGAAUUGAUGAACGAAUCAGGACGCGUUGCAAGGGAGGAUCAGUCCCAGGACAUCAUGAAGCAGCGAGUCCUACUGGCCCUCGCGAAUCUAAUCACCUCCUACGCAUCUUUCCUGGCUGCAACGGGUACGAAACCCUCCGCGAGGCAGAGGACGCAGAUCAACAAUCACAGCAACAUCAGCGAGCUGCUGGACAAUCUGCUUCGCGGUUACGACAACAGCGUUAGACCGGACUUCGGUGGACCACCGGCUACCGUUGAGGUCGACAUCAUGGUACGCAGCAUGGGUCCGAUUUCAGAAGUCGAUAUGACGUACUCGAUGGAUUGCUAUUUUCGGCAGUCGUGGGUGGACCGACGUUUGGCCUUCCAAGGCGGCAAGGAGACGCUUGCUCUCAGUAUAUCGAUGCUAGCGAGAAUCUGGAAACCGGAUACGUACUUCUACAACGGCAAGCAUAGCUACUUGCAUACCAUAACCAGCCCGAACAAGUUCGUCAGACUCUAUCAAGACGGCAGAGUUUUGUACAGUUCGAGGCUCACAAUCAAGGCUGGAUGCCCAAUGAAUCUCGAAAAUUUCCCGAUGGACACGCAGAGAUGCCCACUGCAAUUUGGUAGCUUCGGUUACACGAAGCGGGACGUGAUCUACACGUGGAACAGCGCGAGACAAGUUGCAAUCGCCGAGGACAUGAAAUUAUCGCAAUUUGAUCUCGUCGCGAAUCCGACAGCGAAUUACUCCGCAUUGCCGACACCUGCGCACGCCGAUUACUCGAUGUUGCUGGUGUACUUUCAUCUACAAAGGCACAUGGGAAAUUUUCUCAUACAAGUAUACGGACCCUGUGUUUUGCUGGUGGUUCUAUCCUGGGUCUCCUUUUGGUUAAAUCGAGAAGCCACCGCUGAUCGCGUGUCGCUCGGGAUAACAACCGUGUUGACGAUGACAUUUUUGGGAUUGGAGGCCCGUACCGAUCUGCCAAAAGUUCCUUACCCCACUGCCCUAGACUUCUUCGUCUUUCUCUCGUUCGCGUUCAUUUUCGCCACCAUUAUACAAUUCGCGGUGGUCCACUACUUCACCAAGUACGGUUCCGGGGAGUGUUAUUUCGGCUCCGACAUGAGCGAGAGCGAGAGUUCCAGCGACGAAGAGGAACCGACUGCACGACCACCGAAGAUCGAGCCGAUGGCGCAGGUUCACAAGAAACGUUCGAGCAGCCCAACGGAGAGGGCGCGACCGAGCCAAAAUUUUACGAUGAACGAAGCCGGUUUGAUCGAGGUGAUACCGUUGUCCGCGAUCCCAGCGCCCAGCAGGGAUCCUGGAAUCGGCCAUUGGCAGAUGUCCUGCGUGGCCUGCACCCCUCCGCCCCCGGUCAGGCCGCCGCCAAUCGUGAAAACGGCGACCGGAAGGAGACGACGCAGGAGAACGCCGAGGUACAACUCGGUUUCGAAGAUCGAUCGCGUCAGUCGAGUCGUUUUCCCUCUGUUCUUUCUCGCGAUAAACGUGUUUUAUUGGUACGCCUAUCUGAAAAGAAGCGAACGCAUAAACUAUUACAACGCGAACCCUAAUGGCACGUGAGAGGAACCGACGAUGGUUCGAAAUGGAAUUACAAUCUCGUCGGGGAAACUCGAGGAAAAGUCCGUCUUCUUGGUCGACCAAUCUACGAUACUUUAAGCGAACGUGUGCACGUAAAACACGAAUUAUUUCAUCGUCGAGGCUCGAGAAAAACGUUCGUCGAAGUUUAAGGCGAGGACGUGGGUUCAUCUUUGUAAACGGUACAAACCUUGUUGCGCGCGUCGAGGCGUUUACAGUCGUGUAACAAAGUAGAAAUAUCGCGUCACCUA